UCUACAGGGACGUCAUGCAGGAGAACUACGAGACGGUGACCUCGCUGGGAUUUGCCAUUGCCAAACCUGAGCUUAUCGCCCGCCUGGAGCAAGGGGAAGAGCCGUGGGUGCCCGAUCUCCAGGCCUGCGAGGAAAGAAGGCUUCCGAGAUGCACCCAUACAGGUGCUGAGCGAGGGAAUGAGAAUGAGGAGGAGGAGAAUCAUAAGGAAGUUCCUGGAGAAGUGCAACCACAGACGACCUUUGUGGGAGGAGCUGAAGGGAAAUGUUUCAGUCCAAAGUCAGCACAAAAGUCACUUAACAAAAGCCAUACAGGAGAGAGACCCCAUAAGUGCUUAGACUGUGGGAAAAGUUUCAUUCAAAGGUCACACCUUGUUAAACAUCAGGCAAUCCACACAGGAGAGAGACUCCACAAGUGCUUGGACUGUGGGAAGAGUUUCAUAAGAAGGUCAAACCUUGUUCAACAUCAGGCAAUCCACAGAGGAGCGAGACCCCACAGGUGCUUGGACUGUGGGAAAAGUUUCAUACAGAGGUCAUACCUUGUUCAACAUCUGGCAAUCCACACUGGAGCGAGACCCCACAGGUGCUUGGACUGUGGAAAAAGAUUCAAACAGAGGUCACACCUUGUUCAACAUCAGUCAAUUCACACAGGAGAUAGACCCCACAAGUGCUUGGACUGUGGGAAAAGAUUCAAAGAGAGGUCACACCUUGUUCAACAUCAGGCAAUUCACACAGGAGAUAGACCCCACAAGUGCUUAGACUGUGGGAAAAGAUUCAUACCUAGGUCAGACCUUGUUUGUCAUCAGGCAGUCCACACAGAACAGAGAUCCCAUAAGUGCUUACAGUGUGGGAAAAGUUUCACAUAUAGGUCGACACUUGUUAAUCAUCAGCCAACCCACACAGGAGAAAGGCCCCACAAGUGCUUGGACUGUGGGAAAAGUUUCAAGCAAAGGUCCCACCUUGUUAAACAUCAGGCAAUCCACACAGGAGAGAGACCCCACAAGUGCUUGGACUGUGGGAAAAGAUUCAUACAAAGGUUAGACCUUGUUUGUCAUCAGGCAGUCCACACAGGAGAGAGACUCCACAAGUGCUUGGACUGUGGGGAAAGUUUCAUACGAAGGUCAGUCCUUGUUUGUCAUCAGUCAGUCCACACAGGAGAGAGACCCCACAAGUGCAUGGAGUGUGACAAAAGUUUCAAAAGAAGGUCAAACCUUGUUCGACAUCAGGCAAUCCACACAGGAGAGAGACCCCAUAAGUGCUUGGACUGUGGGAAAAGUUUCAUACGAAGGUCAGAAUUCGUUUAUCAUCAGGCAAUCCACACAGGAGUGGGACUCCAUAUGUGCUUGGACUGUGGGAAAAGUUUCAUACGGAGGUCACAGCUUUUUCAACAUCAGGCAAUCCACACAGGAGAGAGACCCCACAAGUGCUUGGACUGUGGGAAAAGUUUCAUACAGAGGUCAGACCUUGUUUGUCAUCAGUCAGUGCACACAGGAGAGAGACCCCACAAGUGCUUGGACUGUGGGGAAAGUUUCAUACGAAGGUCAGACCUUGUUUGUCAUCAGUCAGUCCACACAGGAGAGAAACCCCAAAAGUGCUUGGACUGUGGGAAAAGUUUCAAGCAAAGGUCACAGCUUGUUCAACAUCAGGCAAUCCACACAGGAGAGAGACCCCACAAGUGCUUGGACUGUGGGGAAAGUUUCAUAAGAAGGUCAAACCUUGUUCGACAUAAGGCAAUCCACACAGGAGAGAGACCCCACAAGUGCUUGGACUGUGGGAAAAGUUUCAUACGAAGGUCAGACCUUGUUUGUCAUCAGUCAGUCCACACAGGAGAGAGACCCCACAAGUGCUUAGAUGUGAGAUACCAUUGGGAGGGGGAGAAGUUGGGGGAACAGAGCUGGGAAACUGCUGGGUUUGCUCCUCCAAGCCUGACAGCCGAGGCUGAGAACUGUGAACUCGCUGCACUGGUACCAGAGAGGGAGGGACUCAACUUGGACUGGCUGUGUCGUGUGAAGCUGCCCCUGAACUCUAAAGGUCCAUGA